UUCCCGCCAAUUAUUAUUCUUCAGUCUAUUUUCGCGAUUGUCAGAUCUUUCUUAAAGUUCCAAAUUUCAGCUCCGAGAGCAAGUUUCUUUUUCGAUUUUUUGAAAUUAUACAUUGCAAAAAAAAAAAAAAAUUUUUAAAUUUUUGGGGUUUUGUUUUGAACUCUGUCCAAUGAAAUGAUACAGCAAUGGCGGAUUUGAAGAAGACAUGGAGCGUGACGUACACGAAGCACGUCAAGCAGAAGCGCAAAGUCUACCAAGACGGCUUUCUACGCUUUCACUCUUCAAAAAAUAAGGUCAUUCUGUAUGAUGACUGCGAGAAUGUCUUGGACAGCAGAUUUGUAAAGAAGGAUGACACCAUUGCAUCCGGUGAAGUGUUGGCAUUUGAUUUUUAUCUUGUCAAUAUUGGAGAUCGGCAACAAGACCACGAUCCUGUAUCGAAGUCUAAUAUUUUACCAACAGCCUCAAAGAUUAACAGGACAUGUGAAUCAUUUCAGAGCCCUAAAUUUGUCAAAGUGAGCUUUUGAUACAUGAUUUUGAACAUCAAAGAAAGGAAACCUUUGGGGCCAAAAAGAGCAAGAUUAAUCAAUCUGAGUCCAUCACAGAAGGUGAUACGAGAGUUCAAGAAGAGUGAAAUGACCAAGUAUGGCUCUUCAUUAGGUUGCCCUGAAACAGCAUAGGUUAGCUUUAUCGAUUUACUUGUAGAGAAAUGAAUCCUGAAACAACGGUAAAUAGGUGCCAUUAUCAGUGGCACAAUUUUCUCACCACAAGCUUUUUAGAAAAUUAUUUUGGUUUUUUCACCCCUUUUUCCCAGUUUCCUACAGUCUUAGUAUUUCAUGCAUUUUGUUCUGCUAUUCCAUUCAAUAAAUGUAAAAGUUCUAAUUCAGAAUGGCAGGUCUUAUACACUACCCAAGUAACUCAAAAGGCUAAGAAGUAUCAUGAUGGGUUUUUACAGCUUCUCACAUGUGGAUCAUCAUGUAAACAGGUAUUGUUGUAUGAUGAAACCAGGAGACUCUUGGAAAGCAGGUUUCUGAAAAAGGAUGAGAUAAUCAGAUCUGGUGAAUCAAUAGCAUUUGAUGGACACUUAGUGGACAUUGGAGAAUGUGAAGAAGAUCAUAAACCUCCUAUCGACUCCAAUAUUAGAAAAACCAAUUGCAAUAUGGAUGGUCAAAAGAAAGCAGCAUGUGGCCCAUUACAUUCCCUCAACCAACUUCCUACUGGAGAAAAUGAAGCUCUUGCCAGGAAGCAAAUGACUUCAAAUUUUAAAGGCUCCAUUGAUGAGAGUAACAUAUUUGCUGAGGAAGUCAGCAAAAAUCCAAUACGUGCUGCACAUGAGAUCUUAUCAAUUCUCAGAAAAGCCAAGAGUGAAAAGGAUGUUGCAACGAUGAAGAGUUUGUCCAUAGAGGGUUUCCAUGCUUCAGAGUCAACCAGUUUCUUUCAGUCUGAUAGUAGUUGUCAGAGAAAGGAACAACUGCAAGAUGUCUGUAAUGAAGGAAGCACAACUAUUCACCUGGAUGAAGAAAAUUCACCAAUGCAGAAAGAUGACAGUGAGAUUUCAAAAGAUGAAGCUACUAAUGAAAUUCAUUUGGUUGAAAUUUCAAAAUCAGCUGAAAAAGGAUCUGAAAAUAGCCCUAGCUUCUUUUUAGGAUCUGAAACUACAAACCUCGUCAACCACAUGGUUGAUACUGAUCAUACUGAGAGUAGUAGGAGAUAUCUGGACACUCCAGUUCUGGAGCCCGAAGAUUUGGCUACUGUAAAGCUGGAGUUAAAGACACCAAUUACAUCAGUCUUGCAAGACACAUCAAUGGGAGAUCUGAAAAGCAGGAAUUGCACUCAACAGGUUUUCUGCAAAGAGAACUCCACUGGAGGUACAGCUGCAGCAGCAUCUGGGUCUGACACCAGUCAAGUCAUUGCCGAACCGAAGCACGAAAAGCUUCCCCAGCCUUGCGUAGAUAGCAAGGAAAUUGAUACUAGAUGGCAGAAUGGAGUCCAUUUUAUUGAUUUGGCAACUUCAAGUAAUUCCACCCCUCGUGAGGUCGCAGAUGAUCAAAAUAUUUCUGAGCAGGAUAUAAGCUCAAAGAGAACAGAUGAAUUCCCCAGUUUUGAACUCGGAUUUUGAUUGGGGAUCAAGGUCAUGCCUUUCUACAGUUCCACUACAUCUUCUGAAUACAUUCAUGUUGUUGAGCGUCGAAUGAAGCAUAGUGCUCAGCUCGUUGUCAUAGCUGAAGGUGUCCAUAUGAACUUCACAAGACAAUCCGUUCGGUGGAGUAAAGAUCACACAGCCUGAAGCUUCCGUUGGAUGCUGAUUUGGGAGUAAAAGUUUUCUCCCUUUUUAGCUGCCAUCAUCAUUUCUGUUAAAUGGAAGUCACACAAACACUCGACCACCAAAGUUCUCUAUUAAACUAAACAGCGUUGUACCUUUGUAUACGCGAAUUAAUGUGCGUCGUUCUCAGCUUGUCAUCGGGAAACAAUCUUCUCGAUUAUUUCCACGACCCAACUCGGUUGACAAAAAUAUUACUCCGUCA